UUUAGGAUAUACCAUACGCCUUUGAAUCCUGCAUCGGAAUCACCAAUGAGAUCAGCAUCGCCAUGAGUCCAUAACCAGCCACGAGGUACCGCAGCAUAAGGAGGUUGACCGUUGACUCCGUCUUCUUCCAAGAUAUAUCGAGCCAUGGGUUUGAGCAAUAGGCCUUCUAAAUUUCGUCCCGCUGUUUUUCGAUCCAAAUCUUCUCUUCUCCCCCGGCACACCGCCACCAUGAAAACGAGGAAACUUUUUGGGAUUUCGCUCUCUAUAUUAAUAAUCAACAUGGCCGCAAUAAUGGAGCGGGCCGAUGAGAACCUCCUUCCAGCUGUGUACAAAGAAGUCAGUGAGGCAUUUACGGCAGGACCAUCUGAUCUUGGAUACCUCACGUUCAUAAGGAACUUUGUGCAGGGAAUUGCAUCACCUGUGGCGGGUAUAUUGGUCAUAACCUAUGACCGCCCAACAGUCCUUGCAAUUGGCAUAGUGUGCUGGGCUCUGUCAACAGCGGCAGUGGGUGCAAGCACGUUUUUUUUACAGGUUGCAUUGUGGAGAGCGGUAAAUGGCUUUGGACUGGCAAUUGUAAUACCAGCGCUUCAGUCCUUCAUAGCCGAUAGCUAUAUGGAUGAGGUGAGAGGGGCUGGAUUUGGGUUUCUAAAUCUUAUCGGGACUGUGGGCGGUAUAGGAGGUGGAGCUAUUGCUACGGUUAUGGCUGGUUACAGUUAUUGGGGCAUCCCGGGAUGGCGUUGCGCCUUUAUCAUGAUGGCGACGUUGAGUUGUUUGAUCGGGUUUCUUGUUUUUAUGUUUGUUGUUGACCCAAGAAAAGUAGCUAAGAUUGACCAUGAAAACCCAAAAUCUUCUGAAAGAGAUGAAUUAGUACCGAAGGGAAAUGCCAGUUCAAUGCCGAUUUGGGUGGAGUCCUGGACAGCCAUGAAAGCGGUUAUGAAAGUGCAAACGUUUCAGUUUAUUGUCUUGCAGGGCCUGGUUGGAUCGAUUCCUUGGACUGCCAUUGUCUUCUUCACGUUAUGGUUUGAAUUAAUUGGCUUUGAUCAUAACGGGGCAGCUGCACUAGUUGGCCUUUUUGCCGCUGGAUGUGCUUUGGGAUCCUUUUUCGGGGGAGUAGUAGCAGAUCAGAUAUCGAGAGCAUACCCUUAUUCGGGGCGGAUCAUGUGUGCACAAUUCAGCGCUUUUAUGGGCAUCCCGUUCUCAUGGUUCCUUCUUCGAGUUAUCCCUCAAUCUGUAAGCAGCUACUAUACGUUUGCCACGACCCUAUUCCUGAUGGGACUUACCAUCAGCUGGAAUGCCACUGCCACAAACGGCCCCAUGUUUGCCGAAGUGGUGCCUUCGAAACACCGUACCAUGAUUUAUGCUUUCGAUCGUGCGUUUGAAGUAUCCUUCUCGUCUUUCGCUGCUCCUACCGUGGGCAUCCUUGCUGAGAAAAUAUACGGGUAUGAUGCCAAAUCUGUUAAUCUUAACGGUUCUCCUCGAGAGGCUUAUGCACUUUCGAGAGGCCUGUUCGCAAUGAUGGCAGUGCCAUUUGCGUUGUGUUGCUUGUUCUACACUCCACUAUAUUGGACUUACAAACAAGACCGCGAGAAUGCAAGAGUAGCCAGUGCAAAAGAAACAGAGAUGAUAUGAUUAAUUCACACCACCUUACAUCCUAGGUUACUCGAUUCUUCUUAGACUCCCUUCGUUUUUUCGAUACACUCUAACCUACUAGUAGUAUCUGAUUCAAACCUAAAACCUUCCUUAUGAAAGAUAACAGUGAUGCUAUCAGACCACAAGAUACUUGGCCUUAGACUCCCUUUUUAACACUCCCUAAAGAUGAACUGUUGUACUCAGAUAGUUGUUCUGGUCUGCACCGGUUCAAGACAAAAUCCGCCUCUUUUCGGAUU